AUACUGAGGACGCGAUUUCUUAUUUGGAGAGGGUGGAGCUUUGGAGUGAGACCCGAGGCCAAAACCCAAAGAGAGAAAAAGGAGCCUAAAUAAGGAUCAGGACCAAGGCGAAGGAAUUGUGAAAAAUGGAAGACAGUACCACAGACACAGAAAAAGAAGAGGAAGAGGAGAAAGAUGAAAAGGAUCAAGAGCCCAUUUAUGCCGUAGUGCCCACAAUUAACAUUCAAGAUGAGCGGUUUGUUGAGUUAUCUGAAACUCCAGCUUUUAUUUUUCUGCAUGAGUUACAUGCUACAGGAAAACUUCCUGGAACCAGAAUGGCGGAGUUAAAAGCCAAGUAUACCUUGCUGCAUGAUACCGUGGUGAGCACACAAGAGUCAGAGGUCCAGCUGCUACAGAAUGCCAAACGCUUCACUGAGCAAAUACAACAGCAGCAGUUUCACCUACAGCAAGCUGAUAAAUUUCCAGAAGCAUUCUCCACAGAGGUCUCCAAAAUGAGAGAACAACUUCUCAAGUAUCAAAAUGAAUAUAAUGCAGUGAAGGAAAGAGAGUUCCAUAAUCAGUACAGAUUAAGUAGCUUAAAGGAAGAAAAAAUGCUCAUAGCGAAAGAAUUUGAGAAGAUACCUAAGCCAGGAGAAAUGGAGAAGAAGAUGAAAAUGUUGAAAGAAAGCACUGAAGAAUUACGUAAGGAAGUAAUGCAGAAGAAAUUAGAAAUUAAAAAUUUACGGGAAGAUUUGUCAUCUAAACAAAAACAAUUACUAAAGGAGCGGAAGGAACUGGAAGAAUUGAUGGAAUAUCAGGUCGUCCUAAAGGAUGAAGUGGCCCGCCAUCAAACUAUUCCUGUACAAAUUGGAAAAGAGAUAGAAAAAAUAACACGCAGAAAAGUAGAAAUGGAAAAGAAGAAAAUUGUCUUGGAACAGGAAUUCAAAGAGCUAAAUGAUGCCCUAAAGAAAGUUGAAAACAAAGUCAGUGCUAUAGUGGAAGAGAAGGAAGAUGUAAUAAAGGAAGUUGAAGGCAAACGAGCCUUACUUGAAAUCAAAGAACGAGAACAUAACCAGUUGGUCAAGCUAUUGGAAUUAACCAGAGAGAAUGAAGCAACUUCACUAACUGAAAGAGGAAUCUUGGAUCUCAAUUUACGAAACAGUCUCAUCGAUAAGCAGAACUACCAUGAUGAGCUUUCUCGUAAGCAAAGAGAGAAAGAACGAGAUUUUCGAAAUUUAAAAAAGAUGGAACUACUCUUAAAAGUGUCCUGGGAUGCUCUCAAUCAAACUCAAGCAAUGCAUCAAAGGCUUCUAUUAGAGAUUGAAGCUAUCCCUAAAGAUGAUUCUACAUUAUCUGAGAGAAGGAGAGAGCUCCACAAGGAAGUUGAAGUAGCUAAGAGGAAUUUGGCCCAACAGAAAAUUCUAUCAGAAGUAGAAUCUAAGUUACUAGAACAGCAACUUGCAGAAGAAAACAAGCUUUUAAAGGAGCAAGAAAACAUGAAAGAGCUGGUAUUUGCCCUUGUCCGUAUGACUCAAAUGAAAAUUGACGAAAAGGUGCAAAAGUCCAAGGAUUUCCUGAAAGCUCAGCAAAAAUAUAACAACAUUGUUAAGGAAAUCAAAGCAAAGGAUCUCGAAAUCAGUAUACACAAGAAGAAAAAACGAGAAAUUCAUCGGAGACUCAGAGAGUUUGCUAAACUGUAUGACACUAUUCAAAACGAAAGAAACAAAUUUGUUAACUUACUUCACAAAGCUCAUCAGAAAGUAAAUGAAAUAAAGGAACGACAUAAAAUGUCAUUAAAUGAACUUGAAAUUUUAAGAAAUAGUGCAGUUACUGAAGAAAGAAAGCUACAAAAUUUCAUGCUGAAACAUGCCAACAAUGUUACCAUCAGAGAGAGCAUGCAAAACGAUGUGUGCAAAAUUGUAUCAAAACUUCAGGAAAUGAAAGAGAAGAAGGAAAUCCAGUUAAAUAACAUCGACAGGCUUGCCAAUACGAUCACAAUGACGGAAGAGGAGAUGGUGCAGCUUCGCAAAAAAUACGAAAGAGCCGUUCAGCAUCGAAAUGAAAGUGGCGUUCAGCUGAUAGAGCGAGAAGAAGAGGUGUGCAUUUUUUAUGAAAAAAUAAAUAUCCAAGAGAAGAUGAAAUUAAAUGGGGAAAUUGAAUUACAUGUCCUGGAAGAAAAGAUCCGAUUCCUGAAACUAAAGAUUGCCGAGAAACGAAGACAGAUUCAUGUGACCCGAAAAUUAUUGCCAACCAAGAGGUCCCUGGACGCAGACAUAGCCUUGCUCCAGAUUCAGUUUUCACAGUGCACAGACAGAAUAAGAGACCUGGAGAAACAGUUUAUAAAUCCUGAGGGUAAGGACAGAGCUCGCCUCCUUCCAGGGAAAGAUCUGACCGAAAAAGAAAUGAUCAAAAAAUUAGACAAGCUGGAACUGCAGCUGGCCAAGGAGGAGGAGAAGUUACUGGAGAAGGAUUUCAUCUACGAACAGGUCUGCCGGCUCACAGACAGGCUCUGCAGCAAAACACAGGCCUGCAAGCAGGACACGCUGUUCUUAGCCAAGAAGAUGAAUGGUUACCAGAAAAGGAUCAAGGAUGCUACUGAAAAAAUGAUGGCUCUUGUUGCUGAGCUGUCCAUGAAACAAGCCCUGACCAUUGAACUCCAGAAGGAAGUCAAGGAGAAAGAAGAAUUCAUCUUCUCUUGCAAUUCCAGGAUAGAGAAGGGUCUGCCACUCAAUAAGGAGAUUGAGAAAGAAUGGCUGAAGGCACUUCGAGAUGAAGAAAUGUGUGCCUUGGCCAUUGCUGAGAAGUCUCGGGAGUUCCUGGAAGCAGACAGUCACCAGCUGCCCAAUGGAGUUUACACGACUGCAGAACAGCGUCCAAAUGCCUACAUCCCAGAUGCAGACGCCACUCUUCCUCUGCCAAAACCAUAUGGCGCUUUGGCUCCUUUUAAGCCCAGCGAACCUGGAGCCAAUAUGAGGCACAUAAGGAAACCUGUUAUAAAGCCAAUUGAAAUCUGAGUAUGUGAACCAGUCCAGGCCUCUCAAGUAGAGGACUUCAAACAGGCUUCCUUGUACCCACACCUGGAAAAUGUAAGAACAGUUGUAAAAUUACAGAUAAAGAAGGUAACCACAAUUAACAGCAGAGUAGAACAUGGCUUCCAUUUACACCAACUAAAUUUUACAUAAUGUUGAAGACGUAAAAUUGUCUUACAAUUAAGUCAAACAAUAUAUUUGAAUUGCUCAUUUCUUUUUUACUCUUUAUAUUGAUAUUUCAGAAAUACGUAGUUGGCAAGAUGCUGUAAAAAUGCACUAAAAAUAAUUUUCAAUGAA